ACUAUUAUUAUUAAUGGAACAAAAUAAGGGACUCGUUAUUUUACCCUAAAUGCUUAAAAAAACAGGCAAACUGGACUUUGUAGCUUAGACAGCCCAGACCAAACUUUAUCCUGGCCCUAGGCCCAACCUAAAGUCGUCGUUUGUUUAUGGUGGUGAUAAACGAAGACAAGCAGUCGCUCCAACUGGGUACAGCCAACGGAGCUCAGCUGCCGCCGCCAGCAUGAGACACAACCAGAACCGCCACCUGCGCCUCCUCAGGAGCGCUCACAGCCGCUACUAUGCUACAAAAUACACUGCCAAAAUAACCUCAACCUCUCCAGGUGGCCGUUCUCUCUCUGCGGAGGUCUCCCUUCCUCCUCCGCUUCCGAACGACCCCCGCGGAUACCCCAUCCCUCGCCACCACCUCAUUUGCAAGGCUACCCAAAUCCUCACCCAAUCCCAUCGCAUCAAGUCACCGUCUUCAGACCCCUUCCAUGACCUCUCUCAAUAUCUCUCCUCCAUCUCCCCAUCUCUCACCCAUGCGGAGGUUUCCCUCAUUCUUAAAUCCCUCAACUCUCCCACCCUUGCCGUCAAAUUUUUCCGCCUUUGUCCCACCAUUUUCCCCAAUUUCCGCCACGACGCCUUCACAUACUCCCGCCUUCUUCUUAUCCUCUCCAAGUCCUUACUUCCAGAUCGUUCCCAUCUAGUCCAUUCCGUCCUAGCUGAAAUGAAGAGCUCCAAUAUACGUGGAACUAUCUCUACUGUGAAUAUCCUUAUUGGGUUUUUUGGGGCCACAGAAGACUUGGAUAUGUGCAUUGACUUGGUGGAGAAAUGGGACUUGAAGAUGAAUGCUUACACUUACAAGUGUCUGCUUCAAGCCUUCUUAAGGUCACAUGACUCUGGCAAGGCGUUUUCUUUGUAUCUGGAGAUGAGGAGGAAGGGUUACAAAUUGGAUAUCUUUGCAUAUAACAUGUUGUUGGAUGCUUUGGCAAAGGACGAAAAGGUUGAUCAGGUUUACAGGAUUUUUGAAGACAUGAAGCGUAAGCAUUGCGAGCCUGAUGAGUAUACCUACACAAUCAUGAUCAGAAUGAGUGGAAAAAUUGGUAGAUGUGAUGAAUCAAUUGCAAUGUUUGAUGAAAUGAUAACAAAAGUUGAUGCCCCUAAUUUAAUUGCCUAUAAUACUAUGAUCCAGGCACUUGCCAAUGGCCACAUGGUUGACAAAGUAAUUCAUCUCUUCUCUAAAAUGGUGGAGAAAGAUUGUCGGCCCAAUGAAUUUACACACAGUGUCAUUCUAAACGUUCUAGUUGCAGAAGGGCAACUCAGUAAGCUAGAUGAAGUUAUAGAAUUAUCAAAGAAGUACAUGACUAAGUCAAUAUACGCAUACCUUGUGAGGACGCUAAGUAAGUUGGGUCAUGCAAGUGAAGCUCACAGGUUAUUUUGCAACAUGUGGAGCUACCACGAUAAGGGAGACAAGGAUGCUUACAUGUCAAUGCUAGAAAGCCUGUGCAGUGCAGGCAAGACAACAGAGGCCAUGGACUUGCUGAGUAAGAUUCAUGAGAAGGGAAUAGCUACUGAUACCAUGAUGUAUAACGUGGUUUUUUCUGCACUUGGCAAGUUAAAGCAGAUACCCCAUCAACAUGAUCUUUAUGAAAAGAUGAAAGAACGUGGCCCUUCACCAGACCUAUUUACGUACAAUAUUCUGAUCUCAAGCUUUGGAAGGAUAGGGAAAGUUGCAGAUGCUGUUAAAAUUUUUGAAGAACUUGAAAGCAGUGAUCAUAAACCUGAUAUUAUCUCUUAUAAUUCUCUGAUCAACUGCCUUGGUAAGAAUGGCAACCUUGAUGAAGCUCACAUGAGAUUUAAGGAGAUGCGAGAAAAAGGAUUAAAUCCAGACGUUGUAACAUACAGCACACUUAUUGAGUGCUUUGGAAAAACUGGUAAAGUUGAAAUGGCUUGUAGAUUAUUUGACGAAAUGCUUGCUGAAGGCUGCUACCCUAACAUUGUGACUUACAACAUCUUACUUGACUGUCUUGAGAGGAGUGGGAGAACUGCAGAGGCAGUUGAUCUCUAUGCAAAACUUAAGCAGCAGGGCCUAACGCCUGAUUCAAUUACAUAUGCAGUGCUUGAACGGCUUCAAAGCGGCCCUUAUAAGAAGCUUAGAGUCCGCAGGAAACAUCCAAUAACUGGUUGGGUUGUUAGCCCUUUGAGGUGAUGGAGGCAGUUAAAGCUUCAAUGUUGUUUGUAUUUCUUCUUGUGUACAUUUCUGGUUUGAUGGAAUGAUCUCAUAAAGGAAAGCAGAAGUCUCAAAUUGCAUUGCUGGAGAAUCUGUCCAUUUGUAUGAUUUCAUUUUGGAAGCAUGACUCCAGGAGUAUAACCUCAUUUUAUCCAUGUUGGGAGGGCUUGCUGGUUUGCCGCCAUGCUAGGGCAGGCUAUGAGUUUAAUCAUCAAUAUGUCCAUCCGAAAAUGGACGAGUAGCAAUUCCUAGGCUGUUGGAAGCUCUCCCAAUCAUUUCCUUAGGUAUGUUAUGCAUUAUUCCAUAGAAAACACGACUUUUUCAACUUUGGUAACACUUUUCUGUUAUGAAAUGCUUGGUGUAUUUUUCACUUGUGCACACUACUUAUUAUUAUUUGUAGGAUUAUUUGUUUUCUGCUCAUCAGGGAGGAAUUUAGAGAGCGAGUUGAAGAUUUCCAAAAGGCAGAUAGGAAAGUCCAUCGUUCAAGCUAUGUUUACUUCUUUCAACUGCAUCAACUAGGAAGACACAUGACCAAGACAGGUGAAACACCCCAGAAAAAAAAUAAAGAAGAAGAAGAAGAAGAAGAAGCUCACAAGGAAAGAGGUUUGUAGGAGAAAGUCCAAAAUUUGAAUUCUACAUGGUUCUGAGAAAUUUCCAAUGUAAACCGUCAUAGUUAAAAAACGGCAAUAUGGUUCAAAUACGUAGUGCAAAAAUGAAGACACAGGGAGAACCAACAAUGUUUUCGACUCAUAAAAUUGUUCUGUUUUGAAAUUAGUGAAAAGAUACACCUCGGGUUACUGCAAUGCCAGCUCUCUAUCCGAAUCCUGAGAGAGGUCUUCCACCUUUUACCACAAUGGGAUUCUAAAAUUUGCGCAAGAUAAUUGAAUAUGAUAAAUGUUGUAUCAUAUUUUGUAUGUCUGUGUUGCAGUUGCUCGAGAAUUUGAGUGGCAAAAAUAUUUGCUUCUGAUUU